AUGGCCUCCCAUGCCAACGAAAACUUAGAUUACGAUAUCUCAGAGCUGGUGAGGACGGAUCUGAGAGAGAAGCUUCUUCCUCCGAUUGUAGCAGAGAUCUUGUCCUCCCCACCCUUUGUCAAGAUCUCGGGUGUCGCCAAUGUGCGGGAUAUCAGCAGAACUAGGACGGCUGUCAACAUACGCCAAGGAAAGCUGGUCGUUGACGUUGGUGUGAAGACAAUCUUCGACCUUCGAAAACCCUCUGAGAGAGAGAAAUAUCCCGGCCCCGAAAUUCCACGCGCCGAGACUGUAUGGCUGGCCUAUGCGAAAACUCCACAAAAAACGGACAUGAAGGCCUUUGCCAAAGACGAUGGUGGGGUAUCUGCCUUUGUAGAUAUGUACGACGAUGCUCUCAAAGUCCUACAGCCAACGUUUAGGGCAGUGUUUACACACGUCAGGGACCAACCGAAUAAGCCAUUUCUGUUCCAUUGCACUGCCGGAAAGGACCGAACCGGAGUCCUCGCUGCACUCAUUUUGCAACUCGUCGGUGUCCCCAGAGAUCACAUUACUCACGACUACCUCCUCAGUCGUGUUGGCACUGAGCCUGUUCGACAGUCGCUUUCUAGUUCGCUUCAGGCUGGCGUGAACGAUAGAGGCUCCAACCCAACCCACUUCAGCCCCGGCAUGUUGGCGUUCAUGAGCGUGAAAGGCACCACAAUUACCACGUUUGUCGAGUCGAUCGAAUCUCGGUUUAAGGAGGGCAUCGUCGGCUACCUCAAGACUGAUCUCGGAUUUACCGAGGAAGAUAUCGAAAAGAUGCGAGUCAACUUGGCGCCAUCCCAUUGA